CCCCAGUCUUGCAGAACCGAUUUGAAGACACCAAAAUGAUAUCAGACGAGUGAGCGCAACUCUUCCUUCGAGCCGCCUCCUUCACAUACACACCAGCCCCAUCCAUCCAUUCAUUUGUGUGUAUGUGCCUGUUGACUGACAUACAUGUAGGUAUGAGCAGCAUCUGCAGCAGGUGGCCAACGCCAUGGCUGACGAGGCGGCGGCCAAGGAGGAGGCCGACGCCGCCAGCCAGGAGAGAGCCAGAAAGAGAGCCGAGGAGCACAAGGCUAGACCGCAGAGCACACGCUCGUCCUACCGCAUAGGACCGAGGUUCAUCAUCAAGUAAAGGAGACAGACAGACACCGACGACAUCCAUCCACCGCACCGCAUGCACCACGUGUGUGUCCGGUGUUCUUUUGGUAUGCAGCGAGUCUGCCGGUGAGGAUUCGGAUGUGUCGACGUUUGUGCGGCAGCCGGCGCCGGGACGUGUGGGGACCGGCCUGGAGAUAUACUCGCUCCGGUUCUCACCCGAAGGGGACCUCAUUGCUGCGGCGUUUGCCGAUGGGGUCGUCAAGGCAAGUCACAAUUAACACUUACUUACAUGCGUGAAUGAAGAGGGGCAGGCGGGCCUUGUGUCCGUAUUGUCAUGAUCACGUGCAGUCCAUGUCUUAAUUAAUUGCGUCGUCAUGUCUUGUGUGUGUUGCAGGUCUACGCCAGCCUGACUGGCAAGGAGAAGGCGGCCCCAAUACACACCGGUAAGGCGAGGCGCACACACGGACGGAAACUGAAGGGACAGUGACGACGGGGGUGACUGUCUAUGUGUCUUUCGCGUAUAUGGAUGGGGUCCGUCCAUCCACACCAGGUGGCCCGGAGCACCUGCCGUGCAUGCAAGUGCGGUGGCGGCCGCACCUUGCCACCAGUAGCAAGACCAGAAACGUUGUCGUCACAGUCAGUAAGACAAGACACACCAGAUAACAGACAGACAGACAGACAGACCCGCACAGGACAGAGCACCGAAUGUACGUGUACGUGUCUUGGUAACACACACACAGACGCGCAGGGCAAGAUUCAGCAGUGGCAUGCGGCGUCGUCCAAGCUGCUGAGCGAGGUGUGGUCGCCCGAGGAGCAGUUCUACUGCAUGGACUACACCAAGGAUGCCACCACCUUCGCAGCCGCCGGCAAACUCAAACAGGUGACGACAAAGAAAUGACCACCACACGCAACACAACACACGCCUGGAGAGACAUCCAUCGCUGCAUGCGUACGUGUGUGUGUCAGAUCAGUGUGUAUGAUGAGGAGACGCGUCAGCUCAAGCAGGUCAUGAAGGGCGGGUGAGUUAACUAAAGCAGACAGUCAGACAGACAGGGCAAAACUGACUGCAUGUGGUGCUUUGCUUCCUUUGUACAUGCCAUGCAGCGAUUACACGACGGCAGUGGGCCAUUCGCUGCGCGUCUUUGCCCUCAAGUUCCACCCACAAGACAGGUAGGUAGGUCGGGGGAUAGGGUACCAUACAUACCCCAUCGAAGCAUCCACACACACGCGCGUGUCUUGUCUCGUGUGUAUGCAAUCAAAUCGCUCAGCAACGUGAUAGUGACGGGUGGGUGGGACCAGACGGUCCAGCUGUGGGACUGCCGCCUGAGCCGAGCCGUCCGAUCGAUUCACGGGCCUGACAUUCAGGGAGACGCUGUUGACAUUUCGGAAGACGGUCAGUCAGCCAGUGCUCACCACACAACAUAUUCUGAUAUUGUUUGUGCCUGAGUGCUGUCGAUACUGACUGCAUGGCAUGGAUCGGCUGUGUGUGUGCUGGCUGGGUGUGUGCAGGGAAGACCAUUCUGACAGGCUCGCAUCGCUCCAAGGAGGCCCUCGAGGUGCGUGAGACACACACACACGAGAAGAGGAGAGGGCGGGCAUACCCGGAUGGAUGGAUGGGUUGCUGUGCCUGCGUGAAUUGAAGCUGUGGGAUGUUGGCUCCCUGAAGCGCACCGACCUGAUUGAAUGGAUGAAACCGGUGGGUGAGCAAAGGACACACAGAGACACACACGCAUGUGGGCGCGGCGCGUGUGUGUCUUGUGCAUCAGGACGGCACCCCUGCCGAUGAGGGCUGUCCUCUCUACUCGGCGCAAUUCAGCAAAGUAAGUCGGAUACACCAGAAUGAAUGGCCUGUUGUGUGUGCACGUGUGUGCAUGUCUCCCUUUCUCUAUGUCCAUGAUCAUCUUCACUGCUAUCAGGACCCCCAGAGCCGCCUCAUCGCCGCUGGUGGCGGGAGCGGCGGAAUGCCCGGAGAGGCGCAGUUCUUCGACCGCACAUGCUUCAACGUCGUAAGUGCUGGCUGAUGCAAGUGACGCCUCUCAACACACAAUAAAUUGCUACCGGCCUGUCCAUCCAUCCCAUUCUGUCUGUGGACGAGCAGGCGUUUGGUUUGAUCACGGGUAUGGCCAAGGGAUGCUUCACAGUCGACUUCUCGCCCGACAACUCAGCGGUUGGUUGGUUGACCCACCACAUCAAUCAAUCACACACGAGAUACACAGCCACUUACAUAUCUGGUGUCUCUCUCUCCUUUCCGCCCUGGUAUGUAUCGUCAGAUCGCUACUGCCGGUGCGGACAGCACCGUGCGUGUGCUGCAGAUCUACUGAUUGGUUGAUGUGGGAGUGACAUCGCUGGGUG